AUAGCUGGACCAUAAGUACCCUUAUAUUGCAUCUAUAUAAACACUUCAGACCCAUUACUCCAUAUCCGCACUCAUAUAUCCUCCUCAAGUACAUUCUCUUAUAUAUACUUAAUCAUAAAAGGAUUUUCAUAGUUCUUUUUAGAGAUGGUUUCAAAGAAUAAUGCUUCACUAAUUCUCUUUCUAGCGCUUAACAUUCUUUUCUUUGCAAUGGUGAGUGGUUGUGGGACUUGUGGUAGCCCUGCCCUCAAACCCAAACCAGAUCCAAAGCCAAGUAAGGCUACUUGCCCAAAAGAUACCUUGAAACUAGGGGUGUGUGCCAAUCUGCUUGGUGGGUUGGUUGGGGUUGAAGUAGGUUCCCCACCGGUUAAGCCAUGUUGCACCCUCAUCCAAGGCCUUGUUGACAUUGAGGCUGCGGCUUGCCUAUGCACUGCUAUUAAAGCUAAUGUUUUGGGGAUCAAUCUUAAUGUGCCGGUCUCUCUAAGCUUGCUUCUUAAUAUUUGUGGCAAGAAAGUCCCAAGUGGCUUCAAAUGUGCCUAAGUUAUAUAACCAAGAUAUAUGGUAUCUUUUGAUUCUGUUAUCAAAUUUUCAAUCUUCUUUCCUACGAGCUUAGAUGUGAAGGCGUAUGUGGUCACAUCUAAUUUCUUCCUUUCCAAAUGAUGUUAUUGUACAUCAAAUAUGUUGUAAGAAAUUAUGCUUUAUAUUUAUGACGAUUGGGCAAUUAAAUUAAGAUCAUUUGCU